AUGCGCAGUCAUUGUUAUCAGAAUGUGUUAUCACGUCAACUGCUUUCUUUUAUCUUGUUCGCUUCUAUCGCACUGUGCACUUUGUUUUGGCCUACGACAACAGCUUAUGAAUUAAAUUACUAUUUGGACAAGUAUGCAAGGGAUACGAUACAGUCAAUACAUGCAAAUUUCUCACUUCGACUUUUAUCAAAUGCCGCUGAUGAAGAACUUAAUGCAGUGCUGUCACCACUAUCACUGGCGAUAACGUUAUCACUCACCAGUGCUGCUGCAAGUGGUAUUACUAAGUUGCAGAUAAACGAUGUUUUCGCGAAAGGUUUCAGUUAUAAUACGGUACAGAAGUAUUAUUCAUUACUAGCCAACAGAUUACUACCAGGAAAUAAUGAUACGAUAGUUGCACCCGGUCUCUUGGUAGUUUUACAUCUAUGUGGUCGUGGUACUUUAAGCAAUGCUAUGAUAGACAUCGCACGGGAUUUUAUGGCUGAUGUACUGCAAUUUGAUUGCAAAAACAGAUCGGCCACUGCCACAUUUAUCAAUCAGUGGAUUGCAAACCAAACGAAAUCAGAGUUUAAAAUCUUUACAAGAAAUGUUUAUAAUGCAGAUUGGCAUUUCAUGCUCGUCGAUAGCUUUUAUUUGAACGCUGCUUGGCAUUAUCCAUUUGAUGAGAGAAGGACAACUGCGAAGGAUUUCUAUGUAAAUGAACACACUGUCACUCAGGUGGAAAUGAUGUCCAUGUGGGCAUUUGAUAAAUUUAAAUACACCGAAGAUGCUGAUGUACAGGUUCUCGGUCUUCCUUAUCAAGUUGAUUCAAACCUUUUCCUUUACAUAUUUUUACCACGAGAGAAAUUUGCGUUAAGAAGUGUUGUGCGCGAAUUGACUGGGCGUCGUCUCCUGUUUUUGAUUGCAAGAUGUAAAAUAGUGGAUGUUGAGGUUGAAAUACCUCGAUUUUCGAUAGAAAAUCAUUUUGAAUUGAAUUUGCCAUUGGCAAAUCUUGGAAUAGUGGAAGCAUUUACCAGUCGAGCUGAUUUCCCGGCUAUUUCACUUCAGAAAAUGCAUGUCUCGACGCUCAUUCAAAAGACACAAUUUGAGAUUAAUGAGAAAGGUUCGUACCCGAUAAACAGCACUCAUGAAAUAAUAAGCGACGAGUUAACUGUUCUGUGGCAAGGUGGACACAUCAAAUUCAUUGCCAAUCAUCCAUUUAUGUUCGUCAUCACAAAAAUUGACCAAAUGAUCCUCAUCGGACACUAUUUCAGUUGA